AUCAAUCAAUUCGUGGAUUGCCGAAUCGACAAGAUACGAGAGCGAUUAAUUAUUAUUUAAAAAAGGGUUUAAAGUGAUAAAGUGACAUGAUAAAUGCAAGAUAAACAUGACUUAAAUGUAUAAAAAUAAACUAUAUAACUAUUUUAUAAAUGAAAUUGAUGUUCUGACAAUGAAAAAACUCUAAUAAAAAUAAGACAAUCAUUGCUUGUAGCCAUGUCGGAAACACAGGAAGAAUCUAUACACAGGGUACUAACUAAAGAUGGACCAAUAUGUGGAUUAAUUGAGAAAAAUGAUAACAAGACAUAUUAUAGGUUUAAGAAAAUACCUUACGCUCUGCCCCCGGUUGGGCCUUUACGAUUUAUGCCUCCGGUACCCAUUAAACCUUGGGACAUAGAAUUAGAUUGCUCUGAGGAGCCGUCACCACCAGCAUCUUUUUUAUUCGAUGAAAUAAUUGGUUCAGAGGACUGUCUUUAUCUAGAAGUUUAUGCGCCGAAAAAUACUACAGGCGAAUUACUGCCGGUUAUGUUCUGGAUAGGAUCAUUUAACUUUGUUUUUAAUAUCGACCCUUUGCUGGACCCAAGAGUAUUGGUCGAUAAAGGCGUAAUAUUUGUAAGAAAUGGGUUUCGAAUGGGACCUUUUGGAUUCCUCUCCACCAAUGACUUUGUAGCGCCGGGUAACAAUGGACUGAAAGACAUAAUUAUGGCUUUACAAUGGGUUCAAAGAAAUAUAGAAUGUUUCGGUGGUGAUCCCAACAAUGUUACAUUAUUCGGCUCCAGCUCCGGUGGGUCUAUAGUGCAUUACAUGAUGCUAUCUCCCAUGGCGACCGGUUUAUUCCACAAAGCCAUUAUCCAAAGUGCUUGUGCUAUAAACAACUGGGCUUUAGACAAGAAACCUAAACAAGCCGUAUUAAGAUUAGCAAAGAAAUUAAAUAUAUCCAGCACAGAUACCUCAGAAGUUGUAAGAAUUUUGAAAAAUUUACCGCAAGAAGAAAUUAUGAGCGCUUGUUUUAAACUACUAAGUUACGUAGAAUUUGAAGAAUUUAUGUUAUAUGGUCUGUUUAAACCGUGCGUUGAAGAUGAAUUAGAAGGCAUGCCGGUAUUCCUAUCAAAAAGUCCAGUUUUAAUAUUGAAAUCUGGAAUGGUCAAUAAAGUGCCAUUUAUAAUCGGCGCUCAUAAUUCUGAAGCCUGUGUCUUCGACUACCUCAAAACUAAUCUGUAUAUUAACGCCGAUAUAAAAUGCGGAAUGUCACUAUUGAAAACGAUGGGUGAAAACGUAUUCUUAAAGAAAAUAGGCCAGAAAAUUUUAAACUUUUACUACGAAAGGCAAGACUGCAUAGCAGAUGAAAAUAAACACGAAUAUACACAAAUCAUGAGUGAUUACUAUUUUUUGUAUAACUUGAAUAACACGAUAAAAAUGCACAAAGAAAUCGCGCCUGAAACUCCUAUAUAUUUUUAUAUUAUAAACUUCACCGGGGAAUGGACUGUUCCGAAAUAUCUGAACUUUUUCAACCAGGCGGGACAUUCAGCCGAUCUUCCUUUUCUUUUUAAUGUUAAAUCAAAAGAAGGCAACGAUUGCAAAGGUAAUCGUGACUCGAUGCUGAUGAGAUGCAAGAUAGGGAAAAUGUGGACAAAUUUCGCCAAAUUUGGAAAUCCAACGCCCGAUGAAGAUGAUCCAUUACUUAACAUAACUUGGGACCCUGUUACCAGCAAGGACGAGCUAAAUUACCUCAGCUUAAAUCCUAACUUCACGAAAGGAGUGAAUCCUUUCUACGACCGGAUGGCGUUCUGGGACGAACUUCACAAGGAACACAAGUUAUUACAAGUACUUACACAUUUCAAUGACAUCGGAAUGGCCAUGUAAUGAUAUGGCAUAGUUAUAAAUCCUAGUAAUAAAAUAGGCUAUAUUAGAGUUUAAUUUAAAAAUACCUAUCUACAUUGUAUUGAACAAAAACUAAAACGUCUAAAAUAAAGCUUUACGUCUUUUGUCAUGUGUAAGUUUUAAGUGUAAAAUUUGACUUUUCUUCUUUAAUCGACUUUUGAAAUUAAUUACAAAUUCACCGUGCCAUUAACUGGAAAUAAUAUUUCCUCAUACAAAUCUGAAUUAACUUAAUGAUUCCAGUUUCCAAAUAUUUUAUAUUUUAUGAGGUUUUUUAAAUUCAACAAUGCGCAAAAUAAUUUAAAAGUGUAUUUUCUGUGUGCCAUUUAUUAUGAGUUAUACCAAAAAUGAUUCAAUCUGUUUUUAUUGCGUUUUGAACAUACAAAGUCAAGAAAAUAGUUGGUAAAACAAUACAGGUUAAAAAUUUUGUAAUGUGUUUUGUGAUUGUAAAAAAGCAAAAUGGCGGAAAAAUAUUUAUAUUCAUAUUGUAUGACUUUGCUACUACAAAUUUGUCACAUAUCAGAUAAAUCAAUGUGAUUAAUAGAGAUUAUGAUAAAUAAGAUAAUACAAUAAUUUCUGACAGAUUACUGCGCCGUUGUUGUGAUAAUACUGUGUACAAAUUACUAAAUUUUGUAAUAGGAUCCCUAGUUUGGUUUUAAGAUCGUUUUCUUUACAUAUUUAAUUAUAAGUAAUAGAUUCAUAACCUAGAGAGAAGCACAAAAUCGAAUUUGAAAAAACCUAUAGAGGUUUGUAGAAUUAAAUAUCCCCAGUGUUGCCAUUUAAAUAUAAUUAAUAAAAUAAUACAAUACAAAGUGAAUUAUAAAAUCGACUCUCGAUUACACGUCAUUUGUACAAAUUACUCUUUUUAUAGAUUAUAUUUCUAUGGUAAUAAUAUUUCAGCUUUAGAAUAACACGAUAAUGUCUUCCAUUUUUUUAUUAAAUAUUAGAUAUAGAUAUAGUGUUCUUUUUGUGAGACAUUGUGAGUUAAACUCCGUAGGUAUAAUAAUGAAGAUAAAAAAAUGCUUCCAAUAUAAUAUUUAUAUUUAGAAAAAUAAUCCAGGUGCCCUCUUCUUUACUAUUUCGGUACUUUGCCAUCAAGAAGUUUCACUUAAGAUUGUAAAGUCUCAAUUUUUUUUAUAAAUAAAAUAAAGUACAAAUUGUAAUGCAUUUCUUUAAUUUUUACUUUAUAUACUUAAAUUUACUUGAAACGUAUUAUCUAAAAAAUAAGCCGAACCAUUACGGUAGAUAAAACAAACGUGCGCUGACCCCACGUGAGUGGGAUAAGAGAGAUGAUGAUGAUAUUUUGUUAUCAAGAACUGUAAAUUAAAACACUUUAUCAUGAGUAUUAAAAAUAUAUUUUGUCUUGUAAUGUGUGCGUAAUGUUUUAUAUCUCUGUGCAGUUGACUCGUGCGUUUUGUUUAAAAUAUUCCAUAGAAAGUAUAAGAACUUAUCGUCAUCUCUUUUGUUCUUCAUAAAUCUGAGAUAACUAUAUAUUUUUGAAACUUAUACACACAUAUGUUGCAAGAUGUUAUAUGACUGUCAUGUUUAGAGAUUAAUUUUUUUACUACUGCAUUAUUAUUGUAACGCGCUAUGCUACUAAUAUAAUAAUGUAGGUAGCUUUAUUAUUUUUAAUAAUAAUUGUGCCUUAUUAAACAUUUUUGCCUUUAUUUUUUCAUGUGCAGAUGAACUCCAAAUGGUGACACUGAAAGUGGUAAAUUACUUAGUGAUACUUGAUACCUCAUGUCUUGUUUGUAAAUACGUAUGUACUGAUCAUUUUAGUUUACUCUUUUACAGGGACAAAAAUUUACAUAUUCUAUUUACAAUUUUAUAUAGAUUUGACAUUGAAAGCAUAAAAUUAACAUGUUAUUUUACUA